CCCCUCGUCCUUCUCUAUCUCGGGGCCAGUUCGUUCUCGUUCAGCUCGGUCCGUUUCGCCGAUGUGGAUGGAUUUCUUAAUGGAAGCUGAGGGAUAAGGACUUUGCGGUGUUCACUUCUCAGAAUACAACAUAAUUAUGGCUCCGACUAGCAAGGCAGAUGAGAAGGCUACAGCAGAUGCAGCCGCGUGGAUGUUCAAUGUUGUCACUUCUGUUGGGAUUAUCAUUGUCAAUAAAGCCUUGAUGGCUACAUAUGGCUUCAGUUUUGCUACUACAUUAACUGGUUUGCAUUUCGUGACAACUACUCUGAUGACAGUUGUUUUAAGGUGGCUGGGAUAUGUCCAAACAUCUCAUCUACCAUUCCCAGAGCUUCUAAAAUUUGUUAUCUUUGCUAACUUCUCUAUUGUUGGAAUGAAUGUUAGUCUGAUGUGGAAUUCUGUUGGAUUCUAUCAGAUAGCUAAGUUGAGCAUGAUCCCUGUGUCCUGCCUUUUGGAAGUUAUGUUGGAUAAGAUUCGAUACUCCAGAGACACGAAACUAAGCAUAGCAGUUGUUCUAUUGGGUGUUGGUGUUUGCACUGUCACUGAUGUGAGUGUUAAUGCCAGAGGCUUCAUUGCAGCCUUUAUUGCAGUAUGGAGUACCUCUAUGCAACAAUAUUAUGUUCAUUUUCUUCAACGGAAGUAUUCACUUAGCUCUUUCAACCUGUUGGGACACACAGCUCCAGCGCAGGCCGCUUCAUUGCUAUUAUUAGGUCCCUUUCUAGAUUAUUGGUUGACAAACAAAAGAGUUGACGGUUACAACUAUAACAUGGUUUCUGUGAUGUUUAUAAUUCUUUCAUGCACUAUCGCUGUGGGGACCAACCUCAGCCAAUUCAUCUGCAUCGGCAGAUUUACAGCUGUCUCUUUUCAAGUACUUGGUCAUAUGAAGACAAUCCUUGUUUUGAUGAUGGGAUUCUUUUUCUUUGGGAAGGAGGGUCUCAAUCUGCAUGUAGUUUUGGGAAUGGUCAUAGCUGUAGUUGGAAUGAUUUGGUAUGGAAAUGCCUCAGCUAAGCCUGGGGGAAAGGAGCGUCGGAGCCACUCACUCCCUGCUACCAGACAACAAAAACAAAGCAGUUUAUCAGAAUCCACUGAGGUUGAUGGAAAAGUGUAAGCGCUUCAUUCAGAAAAAUCGAGCAUACAAAAGAAAGACAUCUGAUACCAGGAAGAUGUUACUUAAUUGAGAUUAGAAAACCACCCAUAAUUUGGUCCUAUUUAUUUUCCAAACUUUCUGUAAUUCCUAGUUUCAUUCAUAUUUGUUUUGAAGUUCCUAUCAGGGGGAACGGAUAUUUCUGGGUAGGUUUAGAUUCUGACUUUUCUGUUUCUUGAUUAUAAAUUUAUAGUAACCUUUUUUUUGUUAUUUAUUUUUUGGAUAUUGAGAUUUUGAUGCACUAUACCCCACCGAAAUUCAGAACAUUUUUGUAACAAUUACUUAAUGAGAAGAUUGACGUUGGCUGUUUAAGAAAU